AUGGAUCUUGGUUUUUCCCGUUCUGCUGUCCAGACACUCUCAAGAAGCCAUUGCAAGAACAUUAAACAAAAGAUUUCUCAGUGGGAAGGGAGGACUAAUGGUGGCUCUAAUCCAGAACAAAGGCAACUGAAGGACUUUGGAGUGAGGUAUAAUUGUAAUCGUGAUGUUUUUUCUAAGACAACAGUUGCUUCUGUAGGAAAGAGUAAAAAGUUGGAAACUAUUAAUUCUCCAAAUCUGGGACUGGAUCUGAGGGAAGAAGAAGAGGUCAAAGAUUAUGAUCAAAGUGAGGAUGAAAAUGAGAGACAUGAAUAUGAUUCAAGUUUAUUUAACAAUGAAGCAGAAACCAAAUGGGUGUGUUCUCAGGUCAAACAAAUCGAAAGCUGUAAAGAUGAUAUUUUGAAUCCAGAGAAUACAUUGCCUCCUGGAAACUUUUAUACCUCAAGAGUAUUGUGGAAGAAAAUGGAAGCACUUCCUCCAGAUAAAGUUUUGAAUUUGUCUUUAGAAAGCUGUGGCUCACCAGAGAAAGAACUGGAUUUCAGAGUUCUGGAUAGGCCAAAUGGAAUAACCAAGAGUUUAGAAAAUGUUUACUCUGACCCUGAGGGACAAGAAGCUGGUCCUUCUAUAAACCCUCUGCCAAAGCCUCGUAGGACAUUCAGAUAUUUAUCUGAAACUGAUGGUUUGCCACUUAAAGAUAUUAACUGUGGAAGAGAGUACUGGGAAAAACAGCCACUGGAUAAAUUGCUUGUAGAGGCUACUGUGCCUUCUGCUCCAGUUCUUGAAACAAAGAAAUAUGGUGGGAAAAUUAGAAGGCGAUCUAAAAGGAAAUCCUUUGAGUUUGAGGAUAUCCAGCACUUUCGGAAACGAAACUCACCCAAGAUCCAUGAAGAACUUGGAGGAAACUCUGGAUCAGCACUUUAUUACACACAAUCAGAGGACAAUAUCUAUGAGGAUAUUAUCUAUCCUGCAAAGGAAAAUCCAUAUGAGGAUAUCAAAGUAACCCCUGUACCUGUGUGGAGGGCUCCCUCAACAUGGAAGCUGCCACCUCCUAAAAGUACUUUUAAGCCACCCAAGCUUCCUCCCAAACCCCCAUUCCUCCAUCGUAAGACUAUGGAACUGAAGAACUCCCAAGCCUAUUUUCGUUCAAAGCUCACAAAGGAUACAACUUUGCCUGUCACUUUAACAGAGUGGAAAGUAUUUCGAGCUGGAGAAGUUGCAAACAGGAAAAGAAAAAACCUCCCAAGGCUCGUGUUGAAAAUACAGGAUAUUUUUGAUUCCAAGAGAGGAAAGAAGAGAGUAAAAUUGCUUCCUUUUACCGGGAAGGAAACACCCCCUGCCAAAGGUGAAGCCAGUGGGAACGAAAGUGAUGCAGAGUAUCUGCCAAAGAAUCGCCACAGACGCAUCACACAGCUCCAGCAGGCGUCCAAGAGGAACCCUCACUACCAGACUCUGGAGCGGGACCUCAUUGAGCUCCAGGAGCAGCAGCUCUUUGAGCUCUUUGUGGUAGUGUCUCUGCAGAAGAAACCACUGGAAAUCACCUAUACCCCUCAGGUCAUCCAGCAGUUCCCCAGCAAGACUGACCAUCCCUUCAAGCAAUCCAAAGACACCGAGGAAAGGCUCAAAGUCAUCCCCAGCUUCUGUUUCCCCGAUUCUAAGGACUGGGUGCCCACCUCAGAACUCAAGAGUGAAACGUUCUCCUUUGUGCUGACGGGGGAAGAUGGGAGCCGGUGGUUUGGUUACUGCAAGAAGCUCUUGCCAGAAGGCAAAGGAAAAAGACUGCCUGAGGUGUAUUGCAUGGUUAGUCGGCUAGGCUGCUUCAAUCUUUUUUCAAAGAUUCUGGAUGAAGUGGAGAAAAGGCGAGAGAUGUCUCCGGCCCUCGUACAUCCUUUUAUGCGCAGUGUCAUGGAAGCGCCUUUCCCUGCUCCCGGACGUACCAUCACUGUCAAGAGCUACCUCCCAGGGGCAGGAGAUGGGUCAAUUGAACUCUGCCGACCGCUUGAUUCUCGGCUUGAACAUGUUGAUUUUGACUGUCUAUUUAAAUGUCUAAGCGUAUGUCACCUCAUCCGAGUCUGUGCCUCACUCCUUUUGGAAAGAAGGGUUAUAUUUGUUGCCAACAAUUUGAGCACUUUGUCUAAAUGUGGCCAUGCUGUGGUAGCCACACUGUAUCCCUUCACCUGGCAGCAUACCUACAUCCCAGUCCUGCCCGUCUCCAUGAUUGACAUCGUAUGUUCACCCACCCCGUUUCUCAUUGGCAUCCUGUCCUGCUCCUUACCACUGCUCCAGGAUCUACCCAUUGAAGAGGUGCUAAUCGUUGAUCUCUGUGCAGACAAGUUCUUGCAGGAGGUUUCUGAUGAAGAUGAAAUUCUGCCACCAAAACUCCAGGCUGCUCUGGUACAGAUUUUGGAAGAACGGAAUGAAAUCUUGGCUCAAGAGCAGAGUACUCCACAAGAUGUGACGCUCAACACCCUGGUAUCUGAAGCUUUUGUCAGGUUCUUUGUGGAGCUGGUGGGACAUUAUUCUCUGAACAUGACUGUGACAGAACGUGGAGAACGUGUAUUCCAGAGAGAGCCAUUCCGAAAGUCUCAUACCUCACGGAGUGUGCGUCACUUCUUGGAUCUGUUCAUGGAAACACAAAUGUUUGCUGGCUUCAUCCAGGACAGGGAACUUCGGAAGAGUGGGGUCAAAGGCCUUUUUGAAGUCCGGGCGAUCCAGUACUUAGAAGCAAUUCCAGAGUCUGAACCCAGUGGAGUGAACAAGAUUCUCCGAAGUCUUGGAAAUAAAAUGAAGUUUCUGCAGAAGAAAUGAAAACCUGGGUUUCUACACCUGAAAUGGAAGAGGAAAUGUUGCCCAAGUCCAGGUGCCAGGAUAUGACUAGGAUUCUACAAAAUCCUUGGGAAAGCUUAAAAGAUUCAAGGAAGCAUCCAGCCUGCAGA